AUGGUGGACUCCCCAUGUUUGGGCAACUUUGACUUGGAACAUGCUAGAAUUAGAACUUCAAAGGACAACAGAGUAAACAAAGCUGGAGUGACCCUUUACCAAAUGGCCAUUCGCCUGAAUCUAGUAUUCUUGAACGGCACCUUCCCCCCCGAUAUACCGGGGGAGUUCACUCACCUGGGACCAGCAUCUAACAGUGUUAUCGAUUACCUCUUGAUCUCCGCAAAUUUGGCCGUCAAUGUACUUUCCUUCCAGGUUGAAAACCAACAUUUCAGUGAUCACCUCCCAAUAGUGACCACUUUGUCAUUGUUCCGGUACCAGAAGGACUAUAAACACUCAGUCCCUCUGGAAACCUCAUCAGCGACCAAAAUAAGUGGGAUCAAAUGGUCGGAGGCUGUGGCCCAAAAAUACCAGGAUUUUUCCAUAGGGAAAUCACUGCCUAUCUACCUCAAAUAG